AUGUCCUGGCUCGCUCCUGACCAAAUCUCCUUGUCUUCAACGGCCAUCCCCUUCAACGGCGCCGCUUACUGCGUCGGCCGGGAGCCGACGUGUGCGGUUGAGCGUGCUAUGGCCCGGGUCCAGAUCCCGGAGACUGGUAUGAGGAUCAUGCAGAGGGAUUCUCAGACGUCGAUCGUCGACCCGGCAGACCAGCUAGUCCUUGAUGGGAACUUUGCUCCCGAGGUCACAUCCUACCUCCGCGCCGUUGAGCAAUGA